UUGUAAACACAUAAUUGCAUAAGUCUGUUUUACAGUGUGUACUUUAUAAGUCAGUUGGACUUUCACCCAGUUUAUUAAUGCGCAACUAAUAAGAAAAUGGAGGAGUAUCAUUCAUGUAGCUGUUGCCUGGUGCGCCCUCCGGAAAAAGGACUCAAGACGCUGUAUAAACAUCUCGGUAGAACAGAGGUUUAUUACGAUAUGCUGAAAGACUGUUUCGAUAUAAGUCUAAGUUUAGGAAAUGAUGAAUGCGGGAUCUGCGAGGUGUGUGUGGGGCGGCUGCGGGACGCGAGCGACUUCAAGCUGCAAGUGAAGCGCAGCCAGGCUGAGUUGCAUGCGCGCCUCAAGGGAGUACUCACUGCCAGUGACAAGUUCAAAAUUAAGUUGGAGAAAGCUACUGGAGAUGACGCCAUUUCGAGUGAAAUCAAACUGGAGAAGUCAGAGGUGGCGAUGGCUGAUGGCGAGGUCGUAUCAGUUGCAUUAUACGGAGGACCGCCGGCGCCUUCGGCCCAACCGGUACCUAGCGCGUCCAGCAGCGUUUCGUUCGCACCAGCUCCAAGUGUUACCAACCUGGACACCACCAAGCCGGCUCCGGCUUCCAAACGUGGUACACACACGUGCGACAUAUGUCACAAAACAUUCGACCACCAAGCUCGGCUCAAACUUCAUCGCCGCUCACACACUGGCGAGAAACCGUACUCGUGCAACGUUUGCGACAAAAGAUUUGCACAAAAGAGCCAUUUAAAUACUCAUUACGCAUACCACAUGGGUAAAUUCAAGUUUUCCUGCGAACUAUGCGACACACGAUUCACUCAAAAAAAUCAAUGGGUCAUACAUAUGCUGAUACACACUGGUGAAAAACCAUUCGAAUGUGACAUAUGCAAUAAAAAAUUUAGACAAAGGGGCAACUUAAACGUUCAUAAAAAAAUUCAUUUGAAAUAUGAUUACAAUCGCGUUGAGCCAGGAGAAUUAACUGCAUGUAAGAAAGAAUCGUCGGAAGAAUCGAAAAAUCAACCAGCAGAGUAUUUCACGUGUGAUAUUUGCAAAAAGCGAUUUGCGGAAAAAAGCAAUUUAAACGCUCAUAUAAAACAUCACUCGGGAGAUUAUCCGUUCACUUGUGACAUUUGCGAAAGGAGAUUCAAUACGCAGUCUCGCUUGGAUAAUCAUAAACUGGAUCACACGGGGGGAAAACCUUUUAAAUGUGAUGAAUGCAGUAAACAGUACACAUCAAAAAGUGCUUUAAGACUUCAUUCUAAAAUACAUACUGGAGAUUAUAGAUACGCGUGCGAUGUGUGUGAUAAACGUUUCAUACAAAAAGAUGUUUUAAGACAACAUAUGCGAGUACAUACAGGUGAAAAGCCUUAUAACUGUGAAAUAUGCCAUAGGAGGUUCCCAUAUAGAUGUGGCUUAAAGAGCCACUUAUUAGUCAAACACAACCAGGUUAUGGACAAACAAUUUUGUUGUGAUAUUUGUGGCAAGCGAUUUGCACUUCAGGGGACUCUAGUCAAACAUAUGAAUAAACACGCUGAGAAGGCAAGGGGAGACAAGGCUCGACAGGAAGGAAGGAUGGAAGACCUAAAACCAUUUAUGUGUGAAAUAUGUAGUAAACGAUUUUCGACAAAAAGUAUUUUAAGGAACCACAGAGAAAUACAUAACGAAGAAAGACCUUUCGAGUGCGAAGCAUGCCACAAAAAAUUCCAAAUGAAGAAAUAUUUACAGGAUCACAUGAAAGUGCAUGAUGACUUUAAACAGCAUGCAUGUGAAGUAUGCGGCCAACAAUUCAGGCACAAAUCUGCCUUAACAGUUCAUAUCCGACGAAUGCACACUGAAAACAGACCCCAUGCUUGCGAUGUUUGUAAAAAGGCUUUUCCAGUACUUGCUGAAUUAAAAGCGCAUUAUCGGGUACACACUGGUGAGAGACCGUAUGCUUGCGAGAUAUGCUAUAAGAAAUUUCCACGACAUAACGGGGUUAAAAGACAUCUUAUACGAGUUCACCAUGAGAAACCUUCGAAAUUUAUUAAAUUAAAGGAAUUUAACAAUAUCAGUUGAAUUAGAUUAGAAUAUCAUCGUUGUGUUCCCAUGGAAAAGACGAAUGUAACCUUUUUGCAAUAUACUUCUUUAAACCUUCAUCACUAUUAAAAAUUGUAAUAUUAAAGAAAAAGUGAGGAAGCCCUCCAGUGGUGAAUUCCGGAUUCGAACCGGCGUCUUUAGCUAUCGCGGCUAACGCCAUAUACCCUUAGGCCACCCCGCCACGGCGGUGCCCGUCCGAAUUUCUCGACUAUAUGCCAUCUUAGUAAGACUAGGCUUCUUUGACCAGCUCUAAGGGCAAGCAGUGCGCGCUUGCACCUUCUAAACGAACUCCUUACGGAUUUACAUUGUAGCGAGAGAGAGAGAGAGAGACUGGUGCUGCCAUCUAUGAACAAGUUUGGGAAAAAAUCAAAUUAUUUUAUUAAAUAUUUUGAUUUGUGUUUUUUAAGUAGUCACACUACUAUAUAAAUUAAAAAUUGUAAUAGAUGUCAUAUAUUAAAGAAAAAGUGACGAAGCCCUCCAGUGGUGAAGGCCGGAUUCGAACUGGCGUCUUUAGCUAUCGCGGCUAACGCCAUGAACCCCUUGUUCAAGCGUUGUAGUGUGACUACUUAAAAACACGAAUCAAAAUAUUUAAUAAAAUAAUUUGAUUUGUUCUUGUUCUUCAUCACUAUUGAUAAGUAAGGUUUUUUUGACAAAAAAAAUGGUACAAACUUUUGUCGCCGACUCUUCUUUAUUUUUAACAGACAACUAACAUCAAGACAUUUCUAACGAACCUAAAUUCACGAGUUCAUUUCGUGUGUUUUUUCAUCAAAGAUACAUUUUUUGAUGCCAAUACAUCUAGGGAUAAAAAGGAACGCUUAUUUAGAGUUAAAUAAUAACUUAAAUUUAUAAAUUACAUCUGAGUUUGUUCUUAACUCCAGCUUGUUAAUUAUUGCACCAAAUGUUAUUAAUACCAGCUUUACGACUAAAAAUCACGGACGUUUAUGUUUUUAUUAGGGGGUUAGUAUUUAUGUAAUAAUAAAAAAAUACAAUUACUUCUUUAAAUAAGAGGAUUAAAUUAAUUAUUAAUAAAUAAAUUAUCUUACCGUGUUUUUUUUUGUAAAACAGGAAAAUACUAUUGUACUAACAUUUUAUUGCAGUG